UAAAGAAGCGGAAGUCUUCGUGUUUACCUGCAACUACGUGGUUUUGCUCAGACUCUACUUUUGAAGGUGUUGUGUCUUUUACCAUAUAUCGACCUGGGAUUGUAUUUUCUUGUUGUCGGUUGCCUUGAUUUCGAAGCUUCCGACUGUGACGAACUUCAACUCUGGUGGGCUCGGUUAUUAGCUCGCACCAUUAGCUACUUCAAGCGAUGUCCCGUGUGUAACGCUUCAUUCGACUGAUCCCUCGACUCACCAUGGCGAGUGACGGCGCCGACAUGCACACAGAGAACAGCGAGGACACGCGCAAGGCGUCUGAUGCUCAGGAACACGACUAUGCCCACAGCAAGGAUGCGGUUGACGGUGCUGGGCUGGAGAGUUUCCCUGCUGCAGAGCUGCCUGAGCCCGCUUUGGGUGCGGAGGUGGACUGUCCCGCUGGACCCGAGGUGUACGCCACAUUUCAGCCGCAGCACACCGAAGACGUUUUCACAGAGACAGUGGUGUCAGAGCUUCCAGUGGCCGCCCCGCCGCGACGCGUGGACCGGCGCAGGCGUCAGCCCCCGAGACCCGAGGACCGCAACUGUUGCUGCUGCCGGCGCGAGUUCGAGCGUCACGGCCACAGCUUCAACCGGAGAGCGGUCCAUACUUUCACCAACCCGGAGACGCUGGUGUGGAUCUUCCCUGAUGCGGUGGCGCACGAGAAGUCGUUUGUGUGCGAGACGUGCGCCCAGGUGAUCAGAAGCAGGGGUCACCGCAAGCGCUGUGGAAGGAGAAGUGUGUGGCUGAGGCCACCGGCCAAGCCUGCAGUGAAGGCGACGAAGACGAAAAAAGGGCAGAGAAUGGGUAAGAAGACCAAAGCGGCUCAGCUAGUCAGCAAGGCCUGCUAUAAAUCCGCCCUGAAGAUGUUGUGGUCAACAAAAGGGGCCCGGAAACACAUGAUGGACUUCUGGAGCAAACAGCUGAAGGAAGAGAUGAAGGCGCUUUCUCGACAGUCAGACAGUCCCUUCCAGCAGAAGGUGUCCAGCAGACAGCCGCUGACCUCCUUUCCUUGGACCCGUUGUCUGAACUGGGCUCAAGAGAAAGCUCCUCUGGUCACUGCAUGCCUGAAAGCGUUGUUUCCUGAUGUCAAAGCUCUGACAAAGAGCAGUCACGGUCUGUCAGAGGAGCAGGCUCAAAUGCUGCUGGAGCGUCGGACCCUGGUGUCGCUCACAGUGCCGCUCUUCACCAGAAACAUCUGGAAGAACAACUUCCUCCAGGCGGCCCUCGGGGCCGAGCUCCGUCUUCAGGGCUGCAUGGGCUCUGCCCUUGACGCACUCAACACCAUGGGCCUGUGCCAGAACAAGGACACGGUUCGACUGCUGCUCAACAGGCUGCACGGCCUCAAUGACUUGGAAAAUGAGAAAGGUCAGCAGAUGAACAAAAGUGAAGAACAAAUGAACGAUGCUGAGGAAGAUGACGAUGAGGAGUCAGAAGAUAAUGAAGAAAAAGAAGAAGAGGAGGAGGAGGAGGAGGAGGACGACGAAGACUCAGAUCAAGAGCUGGAGGAAGCAGAGGAAGAUGUUGAGGAGGAGGACGAAGCAGAGGAAGAUGAGGAGGUGAAAAGGACGGAGGACAAGAAACAGAGUAAGGAAAGAGGGAAGCGUGCAGCAAAGCAGGCCGAGGAUGAAGAUGAGGAGGACGCGGUGGAGCAGAAGAAGAGGCGGGUAGUGGUGGUCAGACUGGGCCUGCUCAAAGGUCACUCGGAGGUUGGGCGCUCUGAUCUGUCCGCACCCUGACAUCUCCCAGCCCCAUCCUCACGCAUCACAUCUAAGACUCCACCCACGUCUCGUAGGAGGUUAAAGAUAUUGUGGGAAAUGGAGGAUACAAACAUUUCAGUCUUCAUCAUCUCAUUUAAAAUAAAUGAAAACUUGAACUUUAUCCUCAUUCUUUUUUGAAAAUUAUCUGGGAAACAUUCAUGCUCGAGCUUACAGCACAGUCUUCAGCCUAGGCACACGCUAACCUGUGAGCGGCACCAUGUGACAAAGAAGACAGUGUUGGUUUUGUAAAAUGGAUCAUAUGACGCUACAUCACUCUCUAAUAUCGUUCACGUCAACUAUUUUGUUAAAUGUAGAAAUAUGAGGAAAAUUAUACAAUAAUCUGUUAAAGCUGCUUUUUUUCAUUACCUCACAGAGGAAGAUGAUCAUGACAACGGUUUCAAUAAGAGAUGGUGAGAAAGGACUGGAAGGUUUUUAUUAGUAUGUUGUAACAGAAUAGUUUUUACAGCAACAAACGACAUCUGAGCAGCUACAAUAAAUAUUUCUCAACCAGUCAACCAUUCUGCUGCUCUCAUUUUACAUUAUUCUGUGGGGUUCAAUUUAGAGACCGAUCGUAAUGGGAAAUUCGAAUCCGUGAGAGGACUGACAGCCGCAAAGACUCGGUGAAAAUAGAAAGACGAGUUGCUUUUUAAAACCCUGGAGUGACUUUAGUCAGCAGUCUGUUUCACUCAUCAUGACUGAUGACUUCGACAACACCAUUUAUCAUUUCUAGAUGAGGACAGUGCUUGAGGACGAGACCUGGUCUGGAGAUUACGCACUUAGUUAGCGGUUUGGCAGGAGCGUUUAUGUCAAGGAAAUGCUUUUGUAUGUACAGAGAUCGGUGCAGAGGGUCACAUCUCACACAUUUAGGGUCUUCUUCACUGAGAAGAUGAUGUCCUUAAUCUGUGGCAGGCUGUUGUCCUCCAGAAUCUUGGCGUAUGGCAUUGGGAUGUCCACACCUGUCACCCUGGUGACUGGUGCGUCCAGGUAGUUAAAGGCUGGACCUAAGAGAAACCACAGGACGAACACAAAGGGUGUGUUGGAAUGACUCUUCCAAGAAAACACUUGCAUAAGUAAAAAUAAAUUCAAGCCUUGUAAAAAUGUAGUGGAAUAAUCAACUUAAAAAGGAACAAACCACUGCAGCUCAUAAAAAAUAUGUCUAAACCCUGGUCACAGUGUCGAGGGGCCCCAACACUCUGGGUUCUUUUUCUCUCAUGUAUGGACUGGUGUUGAAGAGCAACUAAUUGUGCUGGUCUGAGUCUCUUUUACUGAACACAUCGGUCUGUUGGCGUGAAACUGUUUAUGAUUUGAAAUAUUUGCAUUUGAAAAUGUG